CACCAGGCCCUGCGCGAGGGGCGAUGGCGGCGUCCAGGUGGAGGUAUUAAGGAGACCAGAUCGCUAUGGCGUUGACAUCGGCGUCCGUAAGGCGGGCGCUGGCCAGCCCCCGGCGGCUCGGUCUGGGGGACUGCGGAGCCCCGAGACGUGGGGCGUACGAGUGGGGUGUGCGCACCACGAGGAAGCCUGAGCCUCGUCCCCUGGACAGAGUGUACGAGAUCCCUGGCCUGGAGCCUAUCACCUACGCGGGGAAGAUGCACUUCGUGCCGGGGAUGGCACGACCGAUCUUCCCGCCGUGGGAUCGUGGCUGGACGCACCCAAAGUUCCGCCGCUCGCCCCCGAUUCACGAGCAGCCGCUGUACAAGGACCAGGCCUGCUACAUUUUCCACCAGCGUUGCCGCCUUCUUGAGGGUGUAAAGCAGGCCAUCUGGCUUACCAAGGCCAAGUUAAUAGAAGGCCUCCCAGAAAAAGUGCUUAGCCUUGUUGAUGAUCCAAGAAACCACAUAGAAAACCAAGAUGAGCGUGUUUUGAACGUGAUUUCUCAUGCACGUCUCUGGCACUCCACUGAAGACAUCCCCAAGAGAGAUACCUACUGCCCAGUCAUUGUGGACAGUCUGAUACAGCUGUGUAAAUCCCAGAUUCUCAAGUAUCCUGCUCUGACCCAGCGAAUCUGUGCCAAAAACUACUCGUUUUCCACCACCUGGAGUCGAGAGUCUGCCCUCCUUCAGGUCCGUGGGUCUAGCGGAGCCCGAUUGAGUGCCAAGGAUCCUCUGCCCCCCAUUGCCUCCAGAGAGGAGGUUGAGGCUACUGAGAAUCAUGUUCUUGAGGCCUUAUAUCCCAUAUCUCCCACUAUUAAUCUUCAGGAAUGCAAUGUUUAUGAUGUGAAAGAUGACACAGGAUUCCGGGAAGGUUAUCCUUACACCUAUUCCCACACCCUGUAUUUACUGGAGGCAGCCUGUGUACGACCACAUCGCUUUCAACCAGAUCAGCUGCGGGCCAAGAUGAUCCUGUUUGCUUUUGGCAAUGCCCUGGCUCAGGCCCGACACCUCUAUGGGAAUGACCCUAAGGUUUUGAAGCAGCCGGUGGUUGUGCAGAGUGUGGGCACAGAUGGACGUGUUUUCCAGUUCCUGGUGUUCCAACUGAACACCACAGAUCUGACCUCUAGCGAGGGUAUCAAGAAUCUGCUCUGGGUGGACUCAGACCAGCUCCUCUACCAGCAUUUUUGGUGUCGCCCAGUGAUCAAAAAGAAGGUGGUUGUGGAACCUGUUGGGCCAAUUGGUUUCCAGCCAGAGACAUUCAAGAAGUUUCUUGCUCUGUAUUUACAUGGUGUUGUGUGAGCAGAGGACUGUUCUGAUGCCUUAAGCCCCCCUGUUCCUCUCCCACUGAAGGUCCUGCGUCCUGAGCUGUGCCUGGGACCUGCCCGGAGCCUCAGCCCCUGUGUCACCUGGUGGUCACGCUGAGAAUAAAGAGCCUUCACGUGCA